AUGACACACUUCCAAAUCCAAAUAAUCUCCGACACCAUCUGUCCCUGGUGCUACGUCGGCUACCGCCGCCUCUCACGAGCAAUAACAACCCACCAAACCAAGUUUCCCACCGACACAUUCAGCCUCCACUGGAAAGCCUUCUACCUCAACCCCGCAGGGGCAGAGUAUCCAGGCGCGAACAAAGCCGAGCUGUACGCAGCAAGGUUUGGCGCAGAGCGCAUGAAAGCCAUCUUCUCACGGCUAUCUGCUGUCGGUGAGGAGGAGGGGAUUAAGUUUAGUUUCGGUGGGAAUACGGGGUCUACGCGGGAUUCGCAUCGGUUACUUUGGUUUGCUGGGAAGCUGGAGGCUGAGGGUGCUAAGGAGGGGAGUCAGGGGACUGGGGUGAUUGGGGGAUUGCAGAGUCGGGUUGCGGAGCAGUUGUUCAAAGCUUAUUUUGAGGAGGAGAAGAACAUUACUGAUUUGAAGGUGCUUUUGGAGGCCGGAGUUGGGGCUGGGUUGGAGAGGGAUGUGGUGAAGAAGGUGUUGGAUGAGGAUGUUGGUGCUGAGGAGGUUGAUUUGGAGGCGAAGACGGCGGCUCAGAGGUUGGUUUCGGGGGUGCCUUAUAUCUCCGUGCAGGGGAGAUAUCAUGUUGAAGGCGCUGAGGAGCCUGAGGCCUUUUUGGAGAUUUUUGGGAAGAUCAAGGCAGCAGAGCAGUAA